AUUGGCCGUUUCUUCAAUUAUUAUUUGAUUUGUUUUGCACAGUCGUGUUAUUUUCUAUAUAUUAUGACGCAUAAAAUGUAUAUGCUAUACCAACACCACAGUUGAUUUACGCGCGCACAAUGGCAUUAUAAAAAGCAUACAAAUGAGGUAGCCACUACAUCAAUAACAUUAUAAUAUUAUAGUCCAUAUGUUUUCUAGAUCUGCAGAGUCAUUACUCAUUAUUAUAGGAAAUGGACGUCACUACGUCAGUAUGAUCAGAUUGAUAUUGAUAGAUCAAAAACACAUUGGUACAUUCUACACGUAUUAUACAUCCUAAUAAUAUACAUGUAUAUGUACAUUGUAUACAUGUACGGCAGAGUAUAAGUGUAUAAGUAUAAGUAUAAGUAUAAGUAGGUAAUAUGCUAAACAGCUAAAACAAAUACCGUAAUCUAUUUUUAUACGUUAUGAAUAAAGUAAAUUAUGAAUAAAAGUGGUCAGUACUUAGUUUACACUUCGUCUACAAACUAUAGCGUAUGUUUAGACUUUGGAGUAAUGGAGUGACUUCUAUAGUUGUGAAUCGAGAUAUACAUCGCUGGCCGCUGACUUCCGCAUGGUAAUAACAGAUAGAUAUUAUCUAUGGGCAAUAACUGCCUUGUACACUAACGUCUAACACUGACCUGUCUAAAGUACAAAUUGCUACCGGAAACAUGCUUUAAGGAUUAAUCGUAGGAUCGUAUCACUUCUUCUAUCAUAAAAGUAACACUUUAUGCAAAGGUUAAAAAUUAAAAUAACAAAAACAACGAUGUUAAAAUACAGCUCUCGGGUAGUCGGGUAUGAUCGCCGAUGAAUCGGCAGAACCUACCAACGUUGGCUCGUAUUAUUAGUGUGAUCAUAGUAUACAAUUUAUUAUUAAAUUAAUACAAGCCAAUGCGGCUGUUUGUAGACUUGGGUGGGUAUAUAGUUCACGUAGUUAUUACUUUGUGUAAGGUACUUAUAGAUAACUGUCGACCGCUACCUGGCCAUUUAUCGUCUAUUCGUACCGUCUACUACCCGUGUACUGUGUAUGUUAUAAAAAAUAAAAUAUAAUUCAGUCAAGAUAAAUAUCGACCGCACACUAAAUACUAAAUGAGUAGUAAUAGCGUGUUGAGCGUCGUUCAAAAAUAUUAUAUUUCGAAUUCGACGAUCGUAAUAUAGCCGUUAUCGUACACGUUUAUGAUGUCAUUGCGAUUAAUUAGCGAUGCAAUAGGUACAUACGCAUAUAUUGUCUUUGGAACGCGCGCAAUCACGACCGAUCAUAAUGUUAUUAUAUAGGUACUACUAUUUGCCACCAGCUGGGAAAAGGUUAUCGAACCCGAUCAUUAUUAGUUAUUAGUCUUAUUACUUAUUAGUAAAGUGUAGUACCUAAUGUAUGCACCUACGGCAAACCGUCGGGAGAAUAUUUCGUUUUCGAGUACGUACUUCAAUCGUACCUUGUCUUCUAACAAAAUUCAAAAUGUCGAUACGUGAUUUAGUCGAAAGUGAUUGUGGUGGUUCCAAUUCUUUAGUUAAAUUAUCCACGCAUUUCGUGCAAGACCAUGCAUUUAAGGAUCAAGACCUUAAACAAUCAACUCAAACUGCAGAAAAUAGCGAUCUACGUUUUUUAGAAUCAAGCACAGGAGAGUUGGCCGAUCAAUUUUUUAGUUCCGUGGAAAAUGAUACUUUUAAAAUGGAUGAUCUUUUAACUGACAUGAGAGACAUCGAAGGUUGUAGUCGUGAAAAUGCCUGGCCGACUCAAUUUUCAAAAAAAAUUGAAAAACAGGACCAGCUGUUUGAUCCAAACAUUUGGAGCUCUAGAGACAAUAAAAUGCUUAUUAAAGAUGAAGUUGAUGAUUUCGGUUAUAAUUCUGAAUGGGUAAAAGAAAUAGAGCAAUCUUAUCAAAAUCAAGAGAUUAAUGAAAUGAAAUCUCGUUUUGAUUUUGAAAAGAUUAAAGAAAAUAUAAUCAUCUUGGAUGACACCGUUUCAAGUGAUAAUUUUUUGGAAUCACAAAAUAAAAUGUCCAUUGAAAAUAGUAUUGGUAUGCCAACCAAUAAUUUUGGAAUUGAGUUGUAUGGAAACCCGUUACUUGCCAAUCAAAAUUUUCAGCAGUUUAGAGGAUUUAGCCAGGGAUGGGAAAUUAAUAAUUUAUCAAAUACAAUGAUUCCUAGUACAUCAAGAAUAGAUGAACCAAUUAUGGUUGCAGGGGGAUCUUCAAGUUUGGCUGAUCGAGUGGUCGAAACUAACAAAAGUGAAAGUAAUAUCGAAAUUAGAAAUGAUCAGUCCAACUUCCAAUCGUUGUAUUCUGAAUUUGAGGAAAUGAAGAACGCCGAAAGAAAACAAGAAUAUACUUUUACACCAGACAAUGAGAUGGACUCUAUAGAAAAUCCACUGACCGAGGGAAAAAGGCGUUUAGAAAAUGGUGAAUUACCAUCGGCUGUUUUGUGCUUUGAAGCUGCUGUUAAACACGACCCUUCUAAUAUAGAAGCUUGGCAACUUUUAGGUACUACUCAAGCUGAAAAUGAACAAGAUCAGCUAGCUAUAAAUGCGUUAAACAAAUGUCUUGAACUUCAACCAGAAAAUUUAACUGCUAUACUUUGUUUAGCGGCAUGUUACACAAAUGAAAGUUGCAGUUUACAAGCUUGUCGUAUGCUUAUGGAAUGGUUAAAUCAAAAUCCAAAAUACUCAGACAUUGUGAAAUCAAAAUACACACCUGAACACUCGUUAUCAAUAAAAAUAAAUUUUAUGUUUACUACAAAACUAUAUGAAUCUGUAAAAGACAUGUACAUAGAAGCAGCUCAAAGGAGCUUAGAAUCAGGAGAUAUAGAUGUAGAUGUCCAAAAUGGAUUGGGCGUACUGCUUAAUCUUAAUAAUGAGAAUGAUAAAGCAGCUGAUUGUUUUAAAGUUGCUCUACAAAUUAGACCUAAAGAUGCUCGUUUGUGGAAUCGUUUGGGCGCAACUAUGGCUAAUGGUGGUCGAUGUGAAGAAGCCAUAGAAGCAUAUCACAAUGCUUUACAAUUGUGUCCUGGUUUUGUAAGGGCUCGUUAUAAUCUGGGAAUUACUUGUAUUCAUCUUGAUACAUACAGGGAAGCCAUAGACCAUUUGUUAGAAGCAUUGAACCAACAAGCAUCAGCUGUGAGUACAAAUUGUCAAAGUCCUGCCUUAUCGGAUACUAUAUGGAGCACAUUACGUCUGGCUAUUUCAAUGGCGGAACGUCCCGAACUAUUUAAAGCUGUUAAUGAAAGGAAUUUAGAUUUAUUGAAUGAAGAAUUCCGUAAUAAAGGAUUAUACUAAAGUACCUAAUAUUCUAAAUCAACAUUAAAUGUAAAGAAAAAAGUAUGUUGAUCUUGUUAUAUUUUGUUUUAUUUUUUGAAUAGGGAUAGUAUUUUUUUUUAAAGUAUAAAAAUGUAUUUGAUUUUUCUAUUUGUUUAAUGUUGACUAGUAUAUAAUUUUUCUCCACAUUUCUAUCUUUAGUAUGGGUAUGGCUUUUAAAAUUUUGUAUUUUAUACUCUAAAUUUUAUAAUUAAAUUUGUAUCAAUAUAUUGAAUAGUAAUAAUUAUCAUUAAUACAUAUUUGACAUUCAUGUCAAAAUAUUUGUUGAAUUUUUUGCUCAAAUUAUGUUAUAGGUAAUUAUAUAAUAACUAAAUUUGUUUAUAGUUUUCAAUAAAUCUACCCAUGUAUUAAUUAAAUAAAAAGCAAAAUAUGUAUUAACAA